AUGGUGGAACAAGAUACCAGAUGUUGGAUAUGUCUGUGUUCGGGAGACGAACGUCCACCUAUGGGCAACUUGAGCGAUGCUCAUGACUGGGUUCACCCUUGUAAGUGCUCGUUGGUAGCUCAUCGCAAAUGUCUCUUAGAAUGGGUGUCCCGAAACUAUCUGGACUACAAAAAUGAGGUCUUACGUGAGUUUAGAAACGACAACCAUAGUAUCUGGUUUGAUUCUAUGAACUUCUCAGAUGCGUAUUCGUGGCUCCAUUCAGCUGCUGGUGCAUUUCAGUCUCUGAACUGGAUAACAAUAGAGAGCUCUGAAACGAAUUCCUUCAUUAACGAAACGAGAUCUUUCAAUCCGGAGGAGGUAAGCCGUGUCUUCGCCGCUGAAGGAAUCGACGAAUCCAUAAUCAGCAACGUCACCAAUGCCAUGGCAGCGGGUGCUCGAGAUUCUUCUUUUGCUGGAAAUUGGUCUCUGCGAAACUCUCGCAGGCUAGUGAUCAAUACUGUUUGCCCACAGUGCAAUGCUCCCAUUUUGUUGAAAACUAAUUCCGGGAUUGUAGUACCCACCUCUGUUUUGGUAUCCAAGACUUUAAACUGGGUAGCUAAAACUGUCACACAAACUACAAUUUUGGGAACAGUAGGAGGCGCUCUUCUUUUCAGCUGCGGUGGUCUGCUUACUUCAUGGGGGAUCCGUAUUCUUACUACACUAGCCCCAGAGAGCACGUUGCUGAAGCUACUGGAUCUCCCACAUGCCUCGUCCUUGUAUCAGGCCUUCCAAAAGAACCAGGUAGGCUUUCGACAAAUCGUUUUGAUGGGGUUGACGCCUAUAUACUUGCUAAGCUUCAGAUUUGAAAACAGAUUCACGAGCUGGCCAAAACGACUUUACCCUUUGCUGUUUCUCAAACCUGGUGAAAGUCUGGAACUCAACGUCAAGAGAUUUUUGUUAUUUCAGUACCCACUCUCGAUACUGAAUGAUGCUUUUAAAGCUCUUGUCUACAAUCCGAUUUACUUUAGCUGGGCCCACCGUGUGAAACCUUAUUUCGUGUGUGAUAGGAUAUCUUUGCAACAGCUAAGACUUUACGAGGCAGAGCAGCACUACCUCGAGUCCAGAAAUGAUCUUCAGGAAGAUCAUGAUGAUUCGCGCGGUAUACUGUCGAAACUAUUGAAUACUUUCAGAUCGCCAGAUCGGGAGCCGAUAGCGCAAGGAAUCAACGUUCGCCGGUUUGCCAUGCUGACGAGAUUCGAUUAUUCCCAAGCACUCAUAGAAACGUCAUUUUGGGAGAAAAUAGGAACAGUGAUGUUGUGGCCAGCAGCAGGCAAACUUAUCCAUGAAGUCUUCCUUUCGAAAUCAUACUGGUUCAAACGCAUUGUAUCUCAGCUCACAUCAACCCCAAACGACGGUCUCUAUCUAGGAAACUUGCUUGGAUGUUGUGUCUCUGUUCUUUUAAAGGAUUUGGCGCAUUUUCUGAUAACUUGGCGCAGGGUCAAGCAACUGCAAAACAUGGAAGUCAUGGAGUACAUGUCACCAGAAUGGGAGUACACCUUGAACAGAAAGAUGGGCCAGAUUCUUAAUCAAUUGGGCACACUAGGUGAAGACGAGGAAUCACACGCUAUACUCAAUGAACAUGUCAACAAUAUGCUUUCCGGACAAUACCGGAAUCAGUGGGAUGAGCUGUCAGCGAGCAUUCCCAAUGUAACUGGUAAGGUCAACUUCUUCAGGUACCUAGUCAUGAAGAUGGGUGUCGAGCGUUCUGCCGCCUUCAAAAGGGAACCGAAGCUGGAAGCUGUCAGCUAA